AUGCCCCCUUGGGGAAGACCACCAGGGGGACGACCGGGGAGGAAGAACGAGAGACCCUGGGAGUCGCAACGGUCGUGGGAGUAUGAUGAUCGUGUGGAGGAGCUUGACACUGACGAUGAUGUCUCACAAGGUGUUGAGCUAAAUCAAGCUUAUGGUCGGAGAAGAUUUGUUUCCGAUGAACUUCGAUUGACUGGCAUGAAUUUGGGAGGCGGUGGCGUCCGCCAGCGGCGUUCGGCUGAUGUUUAUGACGAUGAUUUUACACCUUCAGACGAUGAAGACGACUUCGAUGCCCCUUCGGGCCUCAUUCGAAGACCAGACGUGCAAAUGCAACUUACGUUCAGGGAGAAAGAGGAAAUGCUUGUGGAGAGAGCUCUGGAGAGGAUUGCACGUGCCCGGGCUCUGGGUAAGCCUAACGUUAAGCUGACUCGAGCUGAGAUUGAUGCUUUGAAACGAUUAGAGCGGAACCAGAACCCUCCACGUCCCUCAGAAGCACCAAAUGCCGCUCCUAAGAGCAAGAAAGAAGCUCCUGUUAGACGCAAGGCAGUCGAGGUCCGAAGGAAACCGGUCAGAAGUGAGAACAACAAAUCAGCGAGCAAUUCACCAAAAGGCAAAGAAGUCAAUGGUCGAAGUCGCGGAAGAAGCUCCGCUUCUAACGACCCUGUUCGCGAAAGCCGUGACGAUUCUGUUACUCCUUAUCCACCAUCUCCAGUAGAUCCAGAUUACGGACGCCGAUUACCAUAUCCUCAAGGGUAUUAUGUGUCUGGCCCUCGUCAGGCGGAGUCAUCGCGACAAGGCUCGCGCGCCAAUUCAAAUCCGCCCCUGCGACAGCAACCGGUGCAACCAUACCCUCCUUAUCAGCAUCCAUAUUAUACCAAUCGCUAUUCGUCAAAUCCCGGUGUGCUAUAUUCUGCCAGGCCUGGCUCAAACACAGCUAGAACCUCUCGCCCUGAUCCAUCCGACCCUGACUGGGAACCACGCGCACGGUCAACGUCGAGUCUAGUCAAUGUCCCUCUGGAUCAACUACCCUAUCAAACGAGCACAGGCAGAGCGCCACGUUUCGACCCGUCCGACCCAAGAUUUGCUUCUCCGCCACGACGUGUUGCAUCUGGACCAGUAGCGGCCCUUCAGCAUCAAGUUGCUCAAUAUCGUCGUCCGCAAGAUGAGACCUUCCUACCAGAUGAGCAGCCUGAGGUCAUGAGAUACUUGGCACCGCCUGAUUCUGAAGAAGGAGAAGAAGAAGAAGAAGAAGAAGACGAUGACGAGGAGGAUAGUGAUUACGAUGAAGGUGUACAGGUUGACGUCAACGAGAGACCAGAUGGUGAAUACACAAUUCAAACAAGGAGUGUUACUGCAUCGACCUCAACAUCUACACAUAAGGUUGGUAGAAACACGGGAAAAGGCACGGCUGGAAAAGGAAAAAAGGCAAGAUAG